CCUUGCGUGCGGGGGACACGCCCGGGCGGGGUGGCCCCCUGAGGCUGAGCCUCCUGGAGCGGCUUGGGCCAGGCCUCAGAGGUGCAGAGCCUGAGCUCCGGGAGCUGGGACAGAGCGGCCUCCCUGCACCCCCAGGCCGCAUGCAUGCAUGCACCCCUCCUAUCCGGGGCUCAGCGGGCUGCCGGCUCGGGACGUGGGUUUCCCUCUCCACCCACCGCCCAUCCAGUCCUCUCCUGCCUGUUAGGCCCGACCGCUUCCCCAUGGCUGGGGGACUGCCGUGGUGGCGGGGGCAGUGGAGGGGCCCCUUCUCUCCCGCUUCCGCUGCUCUGACCCUUCCACCCCGGGGAGGAGCUGCCAUGGCCUCCGGGGUUUCCCAGAGGCGGUGGGGAGGGUCAGAGCCAUCCUUGCGGAGGUCUGGGUCACCCUGCCCGCCUCCCUCGGCCAACUCCCUCUAAAGUGGCAGCUUCCUCUGCCGGCGGAGGUGGGCGCCCAGCCCCCGGGCUUGGUGGAGGUCCUCACUGGCUGACCGUACUGAUCUCAGCCUAGAGGGGGACAAAGCAGGGCAGGGACAGUCUGUCCUGGCCAGAGAGAGACGCCUGGGAGAGGAGAAGCAGGCGGGAAGCUGGAGACAGGCAGGGCGGGACCAUGUGCAGGGUGGCCUCUGAGCUCCCCGUGUACUGGACGCCGGGUUCCUCUGUGGAGCAGGGGUCAGAGGACCCCGCAGCUCUCUGGGUAGAAGCUUGAGAAAUCCUGGCUGAGCGGAAUUGGGUCGAGCAGAGUCUUAUCCUGUUAUAGCCCAGACCCCAGCCGCAAGACAGCCAUGAGCCUGGUGGCCUGCGAGUGCCCGCCGGGCCCCGGCCUGGAGUCGGAGCCCUGCUCACGGGCACGGUCCCAGGCCCGUGUGUACCUGGAGCAGAUUCGCAACCGCGUGGCCGCGGGACCGCGCGACUACCUGGUGGACGCGGCCACUCAGAUCCGGCUGGCCCUGGAGCGUGAUGUCAGCGAGGACUACGAGGCAGCCUUCAACCACUACCAGAACGGCGUGGACGUGCUGCUCCGCGGCGUGCACGUUGACCCCAACAAGGAGCGAUGCGAGGCUGUGAAGCUGAAAAUCACCAAGUACCUGCGGCGCGCGGAGGAGAUAUUCAACUGCCACCUGCAGCGCACGCUGGGCGGCACGGCCAGCCCUGGCACGGGUUUCAGCAGCCUGAGGCUCAGGCCCAUCCGCACACUGAGCUCUGCCCUGGAGCAGCUGAGGGGCUGCAGGGUGGUUGGGGUCCUGGAGAAGGUGCAGCUGGUCCAGGACCCAGCCACCGGAGGGACCUUCGUGGUGAAGAGCCUGCCCAGGUGCCACACGGUGAGCCAGGAGCGGCUGACGGUCAUCCCGCAUGGGGUCCCUUACAUGACGAAGCUGCUGCGGUACUUCGUGAGCGAAGACUCCAUCUUCCUGCACCUGGAGCACGUGCAAGGAGGCACCCUCUGGUCCCACCUGCUCUCCCAGGCGCGCCCCCAGCAUCCUGGGCUCAGGCCCGGCUCCACGCAGGAGAGGACGAAGGCUCAGCUCAACGCCUGCCUCAGCCUCCGGACCCCGGCACGGCUCCCCAGCGGCCACAGCCCCGGGCAGGACACACUCCCCCUGGAGCCUCCGCGGACUUCUCAGAGCCUGCCCCCCGCCAGGGGGCCCCCGGCACCCCGGCCCCACAAAGCCGCUGACGGGGAGCCCACAGCCAGGACCACCUGCUCCUCCGACCUGCCACGGACCCCGGCUGGCCUCCUGCACCUUCACGCCAGGCGGGCUGGCCAGAGCUCGACUCCCGGGCUCCCUCGGGGGCUCUCUUGGGUUCACCAAGGGGCAGGCCGGGUGCUGAGGGCCUGUGGCCAGGGUAGAGGUCAGAGCCGCCCGCCGGCCGACGCGGCUGACCUGCGGCGCGGCAGGGCCUGGAGCGUGAGCGAGGAGCAGGUGCGGCGGUGGGCGGCGGAGACGCUGCUGGCCCUGGAGGCGCUUCACGAGCAGGGCGUGCUGUGCCGGGACCUCAACCCCCGGAACCUGCUCCUGGACCAGGCAGGUCACAUCCGGCUCACGUACUUCGGCCAGUGGUCGGAAGUGGAGCCCCGGUGCAGCAGCGAGGCCGCGGACCGCCUGUACAGCGCCCCAGAGGUGGGGGGCAUUUCUGAGCUGACCGAAGCAUGCGACUGGUGGAGCUUCGGGUCUCUCCUGUAUGAGCUGCUGACCGGCAUGGCACUGUCGCAGAGCCACCCCUCAGGAAUCCAGGCCCACACCCAGCUCCAGCUGCCAGACGGGCUCAGCCGCCCCGCAGCCUCCCUGCUGACGGAGUUGCUGCAGUUCGAUCCCGCCAGGCGCCUGGGUGCUGGAGGAAGCGGCGUCAGCAAACUCAAGUCGCAUCCUUUCUUCAGCGCUAUCCAGUGGAGCACGCUGGUGGGGUAAGGGGCGGGGCAGCGGCCCGUCUGGAGCUCCCCCACCUCUGCCUGGGCCCAGGGCUGCCCCUCUGCCCCAUGGGCUUCAGGCGAAGACUACAGGGCAGCUGCCCUUCCUGCUCAGAGGCGGUCAUGGCCACUCCCGAGAAGCCCCAGGGAAGGGACAGCACGGCCAGCCCCGCUGCUGUGCCGCUGGCACCCCUGCGGCCAGCAGGCAGCAGGCACCUGUCGGUGCAGACCCACCGCGGCGGAGCGCGCCUGCUGUCACACCAGCUCUGAACCCCCGACCAGCUGCCAAGCUGCCUACUCGCUCACUGCCAUGUGGUGCCCCCUUGGGAGACUUGGAGACUUGCGGAUACUAAGCCAGGGCUGUCCUAGCCGAUUAUCAGUCAUGCAACUAGCAGGCUGCUUCCACGAGGAGCCCUGGCCGCAGGGCUGGGGAGUGGGGCGAGUGGGGUUACAAAGAUCCACUGCCCACUGCCGGCUUGCCCCCCCUUCCUCGUGGAGCCAGGGCAGGAGGGGUGAUGUGCACCUUUGGCACUUUCUUCCUCCAAAGUCCGUGUCAGGGGAGAGGGGCGCCUGGGGAACCCAGGGAAUCAGGAGGAUGAAGGAGGCAGCUGAGACAGGCCCUGACCCCCAGGGCUCCCUUAUCAGGCACUGGCUGCCGUUCUGCCCACUGAUUCCAACCCCUCUGGGAAGGAGAAGCCACACAGCUCAUGGACUGCCACUCAGACGUUCAGCCAGAGGCAACACGUUUCUGGGUUCUAAGCUGGGGCAAGUGGUUACCCCAGACAGUCCCCCAGGUUUGGGCUCCUCAGCACUCACCUUGUCACCGGGGUGUGGCCCGAGACAAACUCCCGGCAGACUGGGGCAAAGGACCGGGAAGGUGCACCCUGAUUCUUUCUGGUCCUCACCUUCCUGGGGCUUGCCCAGCCCCCCAAUAAAGCCUGCUUUUGCCUGC